AUGGCGGAGGGGAGCAAGGCCAGGGCUCUCAUCGUCUCGGUGCAGAAGUUUACCCGUGACCUCCCCAGCAGGGUGGGGGCAGCGAGAGACACGAAAAGACUCCAUCGAGUGCUGUGCAAUCUAGGCUUUGACGUGGAGUUCACCACCGACGACAGCGCAGAGGACAUCUUGCACAAGUACCGGCAAGGGAGAAAAAUGUUAUCGACGGACCGAGGAAGCAGAUGCGGAGCGCCAGUGGAGAUUGCAGAGAUGGGUCGGGGAUGGGGUGAAGUUCAAAGAUGGAUCCUGAUCUCCGGCACGGUUUAUGUGGAGUUUGCUCGCUCUCCCUGCGACCUCCGGUCUAGAACAUCGAACGUGGUCGGCGGCGGGGGGGAGUCCUCUCCCUCCUCUGGUUCGGGUGCCCAGGAUCGGAGUGCGUGCGGGAACCACGGCCAGGCUGGGAAGCUCGGUCACGGGCACGGUGUGGAGCUCGACGCCACCUUCAGCCGCAGAUACAGAAAGGCGAUCCGGGCCCGCCGACCUUUCGUGUCCGUGGCGACUCUCCAACACGCAGUCGUGCUGACUCCGUUUGCCAGCACCGAGAGCCGAGCCCCACUGACGAUUCAGGCGACGCCCGUGAGUGACUUCACCUGGAUCGUGUCAAGUGCUGGGGGCUCCGGGAGACUGGCCUCGUACAGACCUCAAUCUCAGCGGGCCCACGGAUCCUGUUUCGUCUCCAUUCUCUCGAGCCACGGGGCUGAUGGGCUGAUUUACGGAGCGGAUGGUAAACCGGUUCACCUCCGGGACAUUUACUCCAUGUUUACAGAGAAGGCCUGCCCGGCACUGGCGGGGAAGCCGAAGAUCUUCUUCGUUCAGGCCUGUCGAGGAAUGCAACUGGACGACGGGGUUUACGUGGGGGAGGAUGAAACCGACAGCUGCAGUGCUGAGCCCAAUUCCUUCUCUCAUUACCUCGCCAUUCCGGAUGACACGGCCGUCCACUUCUCCAGCAGCCCAGAUUACGGCUCCUUCCUGCGUGCGACCGGCUCUGUAUUCUUGCAGACGCUGUGCGAUCUGCUGCAAGGCUGUCAGAGACACUGGGAGCUCCUGAAAAUCAUGACCCGCGUGAACUGCAUUGUUGCCCUGUGGUUUGAGUCCAGGGGUAAAUACGGGGGCAAGAAGCAGAUGCCUUGUUUCGUCAGCAAGUUGCGACACGAGGUCUACCCCUUCUCCGACAGACCCUCAGCAGAUCCCUCCGAGGAUGCCAGCCUCAACCACAGCGAGUCAUAGAGCACUACCAUGGAGAAACAAGUGCUUCGGCCCAUCUAGUCCAUGCUGAACCUAGCCCCGCUUGAACCAUAUCCCUCCCACCCAUCUACCCAAACUUCGCUUAAGUGUUGCAAUUGAACCGCAAUCCACCCUUGGGAAAACAAAAUGCCUGAAGAAUUUCCAAAAGAGGGCACCCCUCUUGACACAUUCACCCUCAUGCGAGUCACAAAUCUCCCUAUCGCGCCAAAGGUGAUCCAAAGGGAAACCGGAAGAGACCCCACCCACACUGCGUCAGGUCUGUCUUGCAACCCAGAAUGUGCAGCAGAAAUUCCAUUUCCACAUUUUUAAAAGUGCCUGGAUGGACUUGCCUUGUUUGGGGAUAGAGGGCAUUUGUGCCAUCCACGGUGGGAGCUGAGGUGUUGGGGAAGCUACAUGCCAGCCUUCCAGGCGCGGUCAAAAGCAAAGGGUUGGCUCGAAGCUUUGUCUGGUGGCCUGGGACAGAUCAGCAAAUGGAGCAGGAUGCCAGCACCUCUCCAUCCCUGGGAAUGGCCUGCACUGCCCUGGCAGAGGAUUCACGUGGAUUUUGCCAGACCGUUCAUGGGCACAAAUUUCUUGAUCAUGAAUGCAGCUGUAAAUUGGCCUGAAAUGUUCCCAGCAGCCUCCACGACAGUCUCGCACACUGAGAACCCUCUUCCUAAGGACAUUUAGUCAGUGCCAAUGGACCACAGCUUGUUGCAAAGCAGUUUCAAUCAUUCCUGAAAAUGAAAUUACACCCACGCCAUACCACCCAGCCCCCAGUGGCUUGGCCAAAAUGUUUGUCUGGGUCUAAAGAAUGCUCUGUCAGCAAAACAUUACAUUGAAUCAGAAACUCGCCAGUCUCCUCCUUGCGUUUUGAAAUGCCGCGCACUCCACUACCGACAGCUCACCAGCUGUCCUGUUCCUGGGUCGUCCCUCGUGAAUGUCUAUAUAUUAAUUGUAUUUUAAAAUCAUAAUUGUAGAAUACAGGCGUCCCCCUCUUUACAAAGGUCGAGCGUUCUUAUGAAACAUUUCUUAAACUGAAAUGGCGUAAAGCGAAGAACCAUUAAUUUAUAUGGGACA